CUGCACAGUGAGAGAACACUGUGUCUCUGCUGAGCUGAGCUCUGCAGGCACAGGGACCCUCAUCUUCCUGAAGCAUCUGUAGGGCCUGAGUGACCACUGUCCAUGGGGAGGACCCACAGGGAGGUGAUAAUGGCUGGGAUGAGGGGGAAGAAGACCCUGUUGGGAAGCUCUGACCUGGAAGGACAUGCCCUGGGUCACCUCACCUGCAAGGGGUGUCUCAGGAGGCUGCAGAUCAAUUAGCUGCUUGAUGUUGGAAACAACAACCAGGCUUCUGUGAAGACACUGUUCCUCUUCUUGUGGGGCUGCUGAUGUGAUAUCACCAAGACAAGUAGGGACAGCCUCCCGCUGGCCACACCCAGUCCAUCUCUCUGUUCUGAGGACUCUGUGGUCUCUUCAUUUUGAACAGCCAGAACCAGAGAGGAGAUACCAUGGCCCGUACCUUCACGGCCCUGCUCUGCCUUGGGCUGAACGUGGGCCUGAGGACCCCAGUGCAGGCAGGGACCCUCCCCAAACCCACCCUCUGGGCUGAGACAGGCUCUGUGACCCUGUUGCAGAGCUCUGUGACCAUCUGGUGUCAGGGGCCCAUGCAGGCCCAGAGGUUCCAUCUGCAUAAAGAGGGAAGUGGAAUAUCCUUGGAAAGACAGAAGCUACUGGAACCCAGUGACAAGGCCAAUUUCUCCUUCACACACACUACAGAGUAUGAUGCAGGGAGAUAUCAAUGCUCCUAUCUCAGCCCUAGUGGCUGGUCAGAGCUCAGCGACCCCCUGGAGCUGGUGGUGACAGGCGUCUACAGCAAACCUAGCCUCUCAGCCCUUCCCAGCCCUGUUGUGACCUCAGGAGAGAAUGUGACUCUCAAAUGUCACUCAGAUGAGGGAUUUGGCAAGUUUGUUCUGACUAAGGAAGGAGAAGACAGGCUCUCCUGGACCCUGGACUCAGAGCAAGGCGCCAGUGGGCAGUUCCAGGCCCUGUUCCCUGUGGGCCCCAUGAUCCCCAGACAGAGCGGGACUUUCAGAUGCUAUGGUUAUUACAGGAGCAAACCUCUGGUGUGGUCACCACCCAGCGAUCCUCUGGUGUUCCAGAUCUCAGGUAGGGAGCCUCAGUCCUCACCUCUCUCUGUCCUUGAUUUGGUUAAGGGUCUUGCCCAGAAUAGCCCCAAUCUAGGACAAGAGUGAGGGGAAGUCCACCCAUUCAGGGACCCACCUUUCAGAGGGAUGGAGCACAGAGGGCCCUUCCAUCCCUGCCCCUUCCUCAGGUCCAUCACUGGAUUCUCCAAGUGUGUGGAACAAGGACCUUGCUAGGGACCCACGGCAGACACAGGAGAUGAGUAUGAGCAAAUAAAACAUCUCCUGGUAGGAGAGGGAUGCUUUACACAU